CCUUUAGAUGAGCGAUAUGAUGAUAAGUCUCGCAGCCGCAACAUCAUUAAUGGUUGUUGAGACAAGCGACUUGGUGUCGUCGUUUAGUCCUAUUUCUUAUGUAGUUAAAGACAUUACUAUAGAACAGCUUUCAUGAGUUUGCGGUCAAUGCCACACCAACUUGAUAAAACAGUGCCAGAAUGGCGUAUCCUAGAAGAUAUCCUGCCACUUUUCAGCGCUGACCUCCCGUGGUGUGUUGCUGACACUGGAUCGCGGGGCUUUUGGUCUACGAUUAUCCGUUUCUUGCAAUGGCAUCGACCACGGCAAUCGGCAGCCAUCACGACGGCUAUUGAGAACGAAAUAAACCUAAAAAAUUUUCGGGCAGACUUAGCCACUAUAGAUGAGUACCAUCCACAUUACCAGCUACCUGAUCACGUCUAUAAGACUUGCAAGAAGAAACUGUCGGAGUUAUUGUUAGUUCUCGAGAAUCUAGUUGAAGACAGCGUAAUUGAAGUCGCUAGUAAAACACAACCAGAAAACCAACAAGUCGCUAGUAAAAUACAACCAGAAAACCAACAAGUCGCUAGUAAAACACAACCAGAAAACCAACAAGUCGCUAGUAAAACACAACCAGAAAACCAACAAGUCGCUAGUAAAACACAACCAGAAAACCAACAAGUCGCUAGUUCCGAAGAAACUCAAUCAUGGCUGGAUUUACAAUCUUGGGCAGAGACGCCUUUUGUCCAAGCAGUCACACAGUUCCUUCCGUUGAAUCAUAUCUCAGCACAGGCACCACGUCUAUCACCCCGAGCAUCAAUUGACCCAGAGGCUGCACGCUUAACUCCUCAGUUCCAGAAACUUGAAAUACUUAGCCUCAUCGUUCAGGAAUGUUCGAACCCCAAGGAAGAUAUCACUAGCUCGUGUGUCAAGUUCAUAAAACUGAAGCAGACGCCCAGUCAGUUCCAGGAAGUUGCAAAGAAAGCCAAUGUCGCUAUGAGGUGCCUUGUUGAUAUUGCAGAGAAAGAUUCUCGAAAUCAAUUCAGGAUACGAAAGACGCGGAAAAUUCCAAUUUUGAAUUGGAAAAAUCCUAUGCCAUGGGAGACUACCUAUCGACUCUUCAACAUGCUCUUAGACAAGACCUGUCUUGGUCAUGAAGCUAGAUUUCAGCUGAAUGGUUUCAAGAUAGAUAGUGAGGGUGAAAACUUACCUUUAGAUGUCUUCAUCUCCUCCUGUCCGCAUAAGGAUCCGCCUGUGGUAUCGCCCUCCUGGCAAGAAGGGCGAUACACCUAUCACAUGGAUGAGAUAACCCCUCCCCGUGGUGAAAUGACGAUUAUCAACGAUCUGUGCUUCUCCAGCCCCAGCCAUCGGCAAAGCGAACAUUUACCCCCGGUGUUAAAUAUUCGUGUCAUUGAUUUUGACAAAUUAAACAACGCCUAUGAACGAUGGCGUCCGACCGAGCACUCUAUUCGUCUUGGCGCAACACCAACUAUAUCACUUGCUCACCUCCUCGACAAUGGAUUUUUGAGAGAUGUUCGCGACGGAGGUGUAUUUAAUGUCGGUGAUAAGGCAGUUCUGGCAUUGUCGCUUGGCCGUUGCCUCUUACACUGCUUUCAGGGACUUUUAAUGCAACAGGAAUGGUCGUCGCACAAUAUUCACUUUCUUCACCAACGCACUACCUCCACUGAAGCUAUCUUCAACAUCCAUCAUCCUUAUGUAGCUUGUCACUUUCCAAAGACAAAGGAAGAGAGAGAGCGUGUUUCAGGGUAUUCGACGUUUCUCCAGAACGAUGCGCUGCUGAGAUCUGCAGUGAAGCCUAAGGAUUGUGAGCUCUCUCUCUGGUCAUUUGCAAGGCUUCUUCUUGAGAUCGAUAAAGGACAAAGAAUACCUCUGCUUAGUGAGCCAGAAAUCUUUCAAUCCUUUAACGACCUGAACAGGGGAGAACCCGGAUCUCUCCGAUGUCCGUGAGGUUCUUUAUGACGAAGUUUUGCAUCCCCUCGAAGAAAAUAUCAAUUCUUUCUCGUGUGAUAUUCUCAGUGUCAUUGCGCGACGUGAUGUUGAACUCAAUGGCUCAA